CGAUGGUGAAGGUAUGACGCACUUACCGUCUUGUUUCGUUCUCUUGUGUCCCCUGUGGUCCCGGAAAGCCAAGGUCCCCUUUCCCUGUGCUGGUAGGUGGAUGCGUACCUACCGGCACACCCCCAGCCUACCUUUAGACCAACCUUUUUUUUUUACAUGGGUGGAUCGAGCAAGCAAGGUUCAAUCAGCUGCCACUCGCUGUUCAAGGUAGACUCCCAUCCCUGAGCAACGGUGCUAUUUAAAACCUUGUUGUCCCGCCCUGUUUUUCUUUCCCCUCAGACAAUAACCAUAUAGCUUCCAUCUUAAUCACAACCACUACAAACGAACGAUAUUCCACUUCCUUCAACAAAAAAACUCAUCUUCGACAAACUUAUUACCUCAAUAACAUCGAUCAAAUAAAAAAUCAGACAACAUGCCUUUCACCGCUAGCGACAUCUGCAAGAUCAUCCUUGCCGUUAUCCUGCCACCUCUGGGUGUGUUUAUGGAGCGCGGCUGCGGUGCCGACCUUCUCAUCAACAUCCUCCUGACCAUCCUUGGUUACAUUCCCGGAAUCAUCCACGCUCUGUACAUCAUCCUCAAGUACUAAGCUACCGAAUACUACGACCGUCUGCUCCAGAGUCGCGCAGAGAAGUGGUGACGAGUAUCCGGCGUGUCACAAUGCACCAGAUACGAGGCACCUCUGAUCUGUAAAGGCGCUUGAGUGCAAGAAGCAACGGGACUUUAUCUUUCGUCUUUUUUUUUUUUUUUUUUUGUCGUUUUGCAUUAUACGCGGGUUUCCUAAUUGCGAGCUUUGUAAUGCGACUGUGGCUUUGGUUUUUGGCUUGGUUGCGCGCGGAUAUGCGGGGAGCAAUUGGUCAGGGUCGCUAUCUAACGACGCAAGACUUGUGGCUUUUUCUUGCCUAGAACUUAAUUCACGAUUUGAUACCCUUCAACAUCAAUCAUUCUCCCGA